CUUUUUGCAGGCACAAAUGCAAGCGGUAAACUUAGCAGCAAAUUCUUAUUAUGUACCAGAAUCUGGUUCCAAGAGUUAUUUGAACUUUGGCGCUGCUGUCAGUGAGGUGGAGAUUGGCAUUCUAACAGGAGAGACUACCAUUUUGCAGUCGGAUAUUAUUUACGACUGCGGGCAGAGCUUGAAUCCAGCCGUUGACAUGGGACAGAUUGAGGGGGCUUUUGUUCAAGGAAUUGGAUUUUUCAUGCACGAAGAAUAUCUUACAAAUGAAGACGGGUUGAUGGUCUCGAAUAGCACUUGGACAUACAAAAUCCCAACAAUUGACACCAUACCUCAGAAUUUCAAUGUUCACAUGGUAAACAGUGGACAUCACGAAAAACAUGUUCUCUCAUCCAAAGCAUCUGGCGAACCGCCACUGCUUCUGGCCGCUUCGGUCCAUUGUGCAACAAGAGCAGCCAUUAAAGCAGCACGUGACCAGCUUAAUCUUUGGGCAACAAGAGAAGCCAUUAAAGCAGCACGUGACUAG